AUGGCACCUCAUAUGGACGCACCUUCACCCAGUGGUAGCUUGAGAAGUAGUCUCGAUGGACCACGCUACACCGGCCUCAGUUUGGCGCCCCGCCAGCGUGCCCUCAUCGAUGGGUAUCGUUCGUCGUCAGAGAGUCUCACCGAUGGUGCAUCAACUAUCGCCGACGUCCACACAUACAGGCCACUGAUACCGGGCGUCUAUGUGCCUACCAUGUGCUUCUUCGAAGCCAAAACCGAGGAUGUCGAUACCACAACCAUAGCGCAGCACGCGGUGCGUCUGGCGCGCGCGGGCGUCACCGGGCUAGCUACCCAGGGUUCCAACGGAGAAGCGGUUCAUCUCACGCAUGCGGAGCGAUACACUGUCACAGAAACCACACGACGCGCUCUGAAUGAGAACGGGUUCUCACACUUGCCCAUCAUUGUGGGCUGUGGCAGCCAGAGCACGAGAGAGACCAUUGAGUACUGCCGUGAGGCUUACGAGGCCGGCGGCGACUACGCCCUGGUUCUGCCGCCUUCGUACUAUGCUGGCCUUUUCGCACCUGCUUGCGAGACAAUUAUCGAGUACUUCCACACGGUCGCGGACAGCUCGCCCAUCCCCUUGUUGAUCUACAACUUCCCCGGCGCUGUUGGUGGCCUCGACCUGUCGUCCGAUAUCAUCAUCAAACUAUCUCGCCAUCCCAACAUUGUCGGUGUCAAGCUUACUUGUGGCAACACUGGAAAGCUGAACCGCGUUGUCUCUGCGACACGGCGCUUGACCAAGCUCUACGACUACGACCACCCCGAGUUCGUGGUUCUCGGUGGAUCGGCCGACUUUCUCGUCCAGACACUCGCCGUUGGCGGCCACGGGAUCCUAGCAGGACUGGCCAACCUUGCCCCCAAGGCCUGUCUGUCGACAAUGCGCCUUUACCUGGAAGGGUCGAUGGAGGAAGCUCAGCAUCUGCAGGACACCUUGUCGGAUGGGGACUGGACCGCUAUUCAGGGCGGCGUCGUCGGGACAAAGGCUGGCCUGCAGGCGUGGCUUGGGUACGCCGGGUACGCAAGAAGCCCCCUCCCCAAACCGACGGAAGAGCAGGCGCAAAAGUGGAAAGAUGGAUUCAAGUCAUUAAUGGAAUUAGAAAAGUCUCUCGAUUGA